GCUCGAGGCCCCUGCCAGUCCGGUACAGCCGUUCAAGCAUGGAGCAGCAGCAGCAGUGGAAGAUCCAAGUGUCAACGGCGAGCGGGGAGCUACUGGGCUCGAAGCAGACUAGCUGUCAAGGCGACGACUAUUUUUCUUUUAAAGGAAUACCCUACGCUAAGCCGCCAGUUGGUUCACUUAGAUUCCGAGACCCAGAACCUCUGAAACCAUGGACGGGAGUACGCGAGGCUUUCAAUCAUGGUCCGACGAGCGCGCAAUUAGAUCACGCCACAGGUCAAAUCCACGGCUCGGAGGACUGCCUGUACCUCAACGUCUACACUCGCGGUUUGGACGAAGCCGAGAGAAUGCCGGUGAUGCUCUGGAUACACGGAGGUGGCUUCCUCUUCGGUAGCGGUGACGACAUCUCCUUCGGACCGGACUACUUUAUGACCAAACGCGUCGUCCUCGUCACCAUAAACUACAGGCUCGGAGUCUUAGGUUUCCUGAACUUGGAGGACGAGGUGGCGUCGGGCAAUCAGGGUCUCAAGGAUCAAGUAACGGCUUUGAAAUGGGUCAGAGAAAACAUCACCAACUUCGGAGGCGAUCCCGAUAAUGUAACAAUCUUCGGUGCUAGUGCCGGAGCCGCUUCCGUUCAUUACUUGUGCCUGUCUCCGCUGGCGAGAGGUCUCUUUCACAAAGCUAUCUGUCAGAGCGGCGACGCUUUUUGUCCCUGGGCGUCAAAAUCAGAGCCCAUCGAAAGCGUUUACGAGUUCUUGGACCAUCUCGGAUGCAAAGACAGAGAACCAAAAGCUAUUGUAGAGUUUUUGAGAUCCGUUAACUACAAAAAGCUCAUCGAGGCGCAGGAGAAAUUGCUUAACCCUCAGAAAUGGCUGCAAAUGGUUUUCCCUUUCGGUCCAGGAAUAGACGAAAAAUCGGACAACCCGUUUCUACCGGUACCAAUUGCCGUGGCGGCCGAGGAAGGAGUUCAGGUGCCACUUAUGAUCGGCUACAAUAGUUUGGAAGCUAUCUUCUUGCACAGAUUCUUACAAGCCGCUGGUUUAAAAGAGCUGAACGGUGACUUUGACAAGUACAUAGGUCCAACGAUUUCUGAUCAAAUUCGACCGUAUGGCGCGACACUCGCGGAUCUCAAACAGCUGUACUUCAACGGUGAAGACAUAGGCGAGCACAACCUCCGCAAGAUCAUGGAGUUCUGGGGUGACUUAGGGUUCGUCGAGCCUAUCCACAGACUCGUUAGGAUACAGUUUCAUAAUAGUGCAGCUCCGACGUAUCUGUACAAGCUGUCCUUCGAGAAAAACAUUACGUUGACCAAGAAGUCACUGGGUUUUAAUAUUGACGGCGUUAGUCACGGCGACGAGCUGACUUAUCUAUUCAGAUCAAAGGAAUGCGAGGCCGCGAACCUGGAGCAGCUGCAGCCCGGUACUGGCGCCGACAAAGUCAUGAAGCGCAUGAUAGAACUGUGGGUGAACUUUGCGCAGACUGGACGACCGACCCCAGUAAAGUCGGAACUGGUGCCAUACUACUGGCAGCCUCUGGCCAGUCACGUGGUGCUGCGCUACUUGAAUAUAGACGAGGAGCUGCGGAUGGAGAAGAUGCUCAAUAUCGAGCAACGCUACUCUUUCAAGAAGACCUCCCGACAAGUCUACUACUGAGAACGACCAUAAAACUGUGAUUUUAAACUUACUCAAUACAUAAAUAUACAUUCUUAUGCUCCAAACGAA